UGCGCAACUCUCCAUUCAUAGACUCUGGAAUAGAUGAGUUUUAAUUUUGGUGGCGGCGGUGUGCGAAUCAUCGUUCCUCAUCAUCAUCAUCAUCGAAGCCGUCAUUGCGACCAAAAGAAGGAACCGUAACACUGUCCCCCGGGAAGCAACACCAUGGAGUCAGAAUACUACGAUGACGAACCGCAACAGCAGCAGCAGCAGAAUCCGCCGAAAAAGUCCGCCAAGCAGAACAACGCUCUGCCGCUAUGGGGAAACGAAAGUACAAUGAAUCUAAACCCCCUGAUUCUGGCCAACAUUCAGGGGUCCAGUUACUUUAAAGUGUCCUUGUUCAAACUGAAGACUUAUCACGAGGUGGUGGACGAAAUCUACUAUCAGGUCAAACACCUGGAGCCCUGGGAGCGGGGAUCACGCAAAACAUCCGGACAGACUGGAAUGUGCGGCGGGGUUCGAGGAGUCGGAGCAGGUGGAAUUGUUUCGACCGCUUUCUGUCUGUUAUACAAACUGUACACGCUCCGUUUGACGAGGAAGCAGGUGAAUGGGCUUCUCACCCAUGGUGAUUCACCGUACAUUAGAGCUUUAGGUUUUAUGUAUUUGAGAUUCACCCAGCCUCCAGCUGAUCUGUACGACUGGUACGAACCGUACUUGUUGGAUGAAGAGGAGAUUGACGUGAAAGCUGGAGGUGGCCAGACUAUGACAAUCGGACAGAUGAUCCGCCAGUGGUUGACCAAGUUGGACUGGUUUUCCACGUUGUUUCCGCGUAUUCCGGUACCAAUCCAGAAGCAGAAUGAAUCCAAACUGGAGAAGUUCGCUCGGGAGAACAAUGUGACGUUCUCUGAACCGACCAACGAUCGCUACAACAAAGCGAAUGCUCAACGCUACGAACGUCCAAGUGGAAGCAGCACACGAGAAGACUACGGCGAGCCUAGUCGUGUGAAGUACACUGGUCACUGUGAUCGAGAUCGUGAACCGACGCGGACAGCUUCCCGGUACGAUCGCGACGAUGAUCUUCGUCGUGGAAGGGAUCGCGAUCGCGAAAGAGAUCGCUCUCGAGACAGAGACAGGAGAGACCGGGACCGAGAUUAUGACCGCGGACGUGAACGGUAUCGUGAGAAACGAUCCCGAUCGAAGGAUCGAGAACGUGAUCGUCACCGCGAUCGCGAUAGGGACUAUGAUCGACGGUAUCGUUAGGUAUUAAGCAGAAUGCGAAGCACUUAACUAAUUGACGAAUGUUUGAGAAAAAUGCUAAUUUAUUUCCGUACAGAAAAAGGUUUAGAAUCAAGUCCAAGCUAUUAAUAGCGGAAGCAAAUUUUGAAGACAGGUUUUAAAAUGUCCCAAGAAAAGAUUGCUUGGUACGGCUGAGAACGGAACCGUCUCGGAAGGAGUCCAAACGGGCGCAUGUUAUCUUCAAAGACAAUUAGAAUACUGAGUACCUUUAUGCAGGCGAAUAGUAGCAACUUCAUUACGGGAUACAGAUGUUUCUUUCAUUUCCUUUAUUAUUUUAUCAUACAUCUUUCAUACCUUUACUCUACGUUUACGAUUACAAUAAAUACAGUUAAAAUGCAGCUUCGAUCCAAACCGGAUGCACUCACAUGUUUGCCCAUGUAUCGAUUACAAUGACGUACAGGAGCCAAAAGAGGACAACAAGUUAAUCAUGUUGCUGUUAGUAGGUUUUACGAUGUACUUUUCUGUGUUGCGACUAAGCGCUCCUCAGCAAUUUACUAUGAAACGGGUAGAGACUAAAUCAAAAGUUGUCCACUGUUUGGCGCUCCGGAUAUGAAGGCACCGUGCUCCGGUGGGAUCGUCGUUUGCUCGCAACUUCAAACCUCCUAAGAAUUCUCAUAUUUCCAUGUUUCAAUCGGCGCUUUUACCAACGCGAAAGUCACCCGAUGCACCUAUCGAUGGACAUUCAUCUCACAAUAGCAGAAAAAGCAAACCACGAAGAGUUUCUACCUCAAAUACGAUAUAUAAGCAACUAGCUCGUAUGUGUCCAUUGGUUUGUAUGGGCUUUCGUUUGUUCUGGAAAUCUUCAGUUUAGUACCUUUUCUCCAGUACGCAAAAUAUCAACAGUACAGUACAGUUAGGAAGUACGCUAGCAAGGCGCGCAGCAUUCGUUUGGUUCCGAUUGACUUAAAACCUAGUAUGUAAGGUGUAGGUAUUUUAGAUCAUAGAUAUUGUUCAGUUUCAUACAAGCAAAGAGAAUAAUUAGCCCGGAAUCGCAUACAAACUGAUAACGGCUCAGGUUAUACACAGAAGACACAACUCAUACAAUAGAUACAGCACAUUCUGAGUGGUAGGAAGGAAACUUCGUUCAACCGAGGAGACUGGAGAACUUUUUAGAAGAGACUCAUCAGCGCAGCACCACUUUUCGUGAUAAGUAACGUAUCUGUAUAGGCAAAACGAAUGUUUGACUCGCGAUUGAUUGAAGGACUCGAAUUCAUACACAUUUCAGUACCGUUCGUAUAUUGCAUCUGCCUUUGCUACUUUUGGUAACGAAAGAGCGAUUCUGAGCAUGUGUGCGUGAUUUAAAGAAAAAAGAUAGUGAAUUUGCACCAGGAGCAAUUGUGUAGAGCGUGAGACUAGCGAAUAAACCAGAAACCACACAAGAAGCUAAUAAAAAAGCUGUACUAGCAAUGUUUCGGA